GAUUACGGAAUCUCGAAAUGACUCUGGACGAAUUAUUGGAGCAGGUGAGGACUGCUUUUGACUGUCGGCUUAGUAGGGUGGAGCGUCAAAGAAAAUUCGAAGCCAGGACUUGGGGCCCGGAAUAUUUAAUUGACGGCAUAGGAGACGUCUCGUUGCGGAAUCAGGCGCGCAUUCACCAUUACGAUUCGGCCGGAGCGUUGCUGGAAGUUUUUAGGAGAGUCACCAUACAGCCGGAAGCGAGGGAUCGUAUCAAGCUUGGUGCAGGAGACAAAUCGAAAUCAGCGGGGAAGCAUUUUAAUAAAUUUUCGUUGAGAGUGGCGAAGCAGCCGGACGAACAACGAGCGACGGACAUCAAAUGCUAUAAUUGUAAUAGAGUAGGGUAUAUAUCGCGAGAAUGUAUACGACCGAAACGUGAGAGAGGAUUGUGUUAUGAGUGUGGCGAGAAAGGACAUGUUUAUAACGACUGUCCGAAAAAAAAAAACAAACAGCAGAUCACUAAUAUUUACGAUAAUCCGGCAGCGGAAACAAACUUUAGACGAAACGUUAUGUUUGAAAUAAAAGGAUCGAAUUUUCGACAGAUGUUAUGUUUAGAUACGUUGUUAGAUACAGGGAGUCCGGUUAGUUUUGUUAAAGAGAGAUUUAUUGGUAAUGCGAAUAUUGAUCCGAUUAACGAAUUCGAUCAUAGAUAUUGUGGGAUUAAUAAUUCCAAGUUGACCAUUGUGGGAAAAAUUACGGCCCGUAUAACGUUAGGCAAUGAUUGUGCAGAGGAUGUGACGGUUUUAAUUGUACCCGAAAAUACUAUGAUUACGUCAGCUGUUUUAGGUCGCGAUGUGUUGCGCAGAUUUGAGUUAGUUUUAGCAAAGACGGAAGUAGCGGACACGACGCAGGAAAUUAUGAAUAUUAAUUUUUCGGAGGCGCAUGACAAUCCUGUUGAUUGUUUAGAUAUAAAUGCGGAGACAUCAUACGAUGUUCAAAAUAAAUUUAAGCGAUUGUUUAUCGAGAAUUAUGUCAAACCACAGCGACCAAAAGAACCUAAAGUCCAAGCAGAAUUAAAAUUGACACUUAAAGAUUUUCAACCGUUUCAUUGUACACCGCGUAGAAUAUCGUAUAGCGAGAGAGAUCAAUUGCAAUGCAUUUUCGAUCGCUUACUUGAGAAAAAUUAUAUUAGGCCGAGUAAUUCCGAAUAUGCGUCGCCGAUAGUUUUAACGAGAAAGAAAAACGAGGAAGUACGGAUGAUACGUGGAUUUCAGAAUCUUAAAUAAAGCAUUGGCACGUGAUAAUUAUCCACUUCCAGUGAUCGAAGAUCAGUUAGAAGUUCUAAAUGGCAAAAAAUAUUUUAGUUUAAUAGAUUUGAAAGAUGGAUUCUAUCAUGUUAGCGUAUCGGCGGAUUCUGUUAAGUACACGUUGUUUGUUACACCGUUAGGUCAAUUUGAAUGGUUAAAAAUGCCAUUCGGUCUGAAGACGGCACUAUCUACUUUUCAGCGAUUUAUAAAUAAUACGCUAGCUGCUUUCAUUAGAGCAGGAGAUAUUGUAGUUUAUAUGGACGAUGUACUCGUUGCCACCGCCACAUUAGAUCAUUAUUUGUAAGUACUAGAGCAUUUGUUUAAAGCAAUGGUCGACAACGUCUUGGAAAUAAGGUUCGAUAAAUGUAAAUUCUUAUACACCGAAAUUGGAUAUCUCGGCUAUUUAGUUAGCAAAGACGGCAUUAAGCCUACAACAAACGGAAUCAAUAGUGUUACUUUCUUUUCAGUACCUAAAACUAAGCGCGAGUUACAGCGUUUUCUUGGAUUGUGUUCAUAUUUUAGAAAGUUCAUUCCAGACUAUUCGGUAAUUUUGAAGCCGUUGUAUGAUCUGAUAAAAGAAAGUGCUGCGUUUAAAUUUGGUGAGGCCGAACUCAAAGUUUUUGAAAUGUUAAAGAAUAAGCUUAGUACAGCACCGAUAUUAGCCAUUUAUAAUCCGAAAGACGAAACCGAAUUGCAUUGUGACGCGAGCUCUGUGGGUUACGGUGCGGUUCUAAUGCAGCGAAAAUUGGAUCGCAAGUUUUACCCGGUAUUCUAUUUUUCGAAGCGAACGACCGAGACGGAAUCCAAAUAUCAUAGUUACGAAUUAGACUCUUGCAAUAAUUUAUGCACUAAAACGCUUUCGAAUCUAAAUCGCAAAAUGUUAAAUUUAAAAUUGUUACCGACUGUAAUUCCCUCGUUAUGACUCUAAAGAAAAAGAAUAUCAAUCCUAGAAUUGCUAGAUGGGCAUUAGAAUUGCUAAAUUACGACUAUGAAUUAGAGCAUAGGUCCGGAACGCGUAUGAAACAUGUCGACGCGCUUAGCCGAACGGUGGGAAUUGUGGAAGAUAAUUCUUUCGAAUGGAAUCUUACGCUUAGUCAGGGACGGGACGCGAAAAUUGUAGACGCGAGAAAUUAAUUGGAACAGUCCGAAAGUAAAUUCUUCAAAUUGCGUAAUGGACUAGUGUAUAGAAAAAAAGAUGAUAAGCUAUUAUUUUAUAAUAAGAAUAUUUUUAAGUCAACU